UAUUUGUAUCUCUCAGUGGUAACAUCGUGUCUUUUAAAAUGUCAAAAAAUUGGGAAGGUAAUAAAGAAAUUCAGAUCUUUAGAGAAUAUCUUAGAAUACCUAGUGUACACCCAAACCCAAACUAUGAGCCCUGUGUGGAAUUCUUGAAGCGGCAAGCACAAGAUUUGGAACUAGAGGUUAAAGUGUAUCAUCCAGUCAAUGAUAAAAAUCCAAUUGUUGUGCUAUCUUUGAUUGGAAAAGAUCCUUCAUUGCCUACGAUUCUUCUAAAUAGUCACAUGGACGUGGUUCCUGUUGUCCCUGACCAAUGGACCUAUCCUGCGUUUGACGCUCAUAUGGAUGAUCAAGGGAGAAUUUUUGCAAGAGGAUCACAAGAUAUGAAAUCUGUCGGAACACAGUAUCUUGGUGCCCUGAGAGCUCUCAAGAAAUCAGGAACUUCCUUUAAGAGGACCAUUCAUGUAGUGUUUGUUCCUGAUGAAGAAUUAGGAAGUUAUUAUGGGAUGAGAAAGUUUGUCCAUACCGAAGAUUUCAAAAGAUUAAACGUUGGAUUUGCAUUAGAUGAAGGAAUGUCCGGUAUUUCUGACACGUUCAAAUUGUUUUAUGCAGAAAAAAGUGCUUGGCAAAUUGAAUUUAAAUGUUCAGGACCUCCAGGACACGGAUCAGCACUACUUGAAAAUACAGCCGGUGAGAAAGUAAGCUUUAUUCUAAGCAAAAUGAUGGAUCUCCGACGAAAAGAAAUUGCUAAAAUAGAUGAAACUAAAAAAUAUGAAGGUAUGGGAACGAGUAUAAAUGUGACUAAACUUUCUGGUGGUCUUCAGAAUAAUGUAAUACCAUCACUGUUGAGCGUCACUUUUGACUUGCGCCUGGAUAUUAAUGAGGAUCAUGAAGCUCUUCUGAAACAAUUCCAAGAUUGGUGUGAAGAGGCCGGUGGUAGCAUAGAAAUGGUGUUUGAGAGAAAAGACAAAAAGACUCCAGCUACUAAACUUGAUAACAGUAACAUUUUCUGGGUGGCUUUUGAGAAAGCUACUGAAGAACUUGGGAUCAAAGUACAACCUAUUGUCUGCCCAGCAGCUACAGACAGUAGCUUUAUGAGGGAUGUCGGUGUGCCUUCCAUUGGGUUCUCACCCAUUAACAAUACUCCAAUCCUAAUACAUGGCCACAAUGAAUUCAUUUACGCUGAGAAUUACCUCAAGGGUAUCGAAAUCUACCAAAAGAUCAUCACAAAUGUGGCCAAUUGUUGAAAGUAGAGGUACUUCAACACUAUGCAUUAUCAGCCUCUUUAUUAUCAUUUUCUUAUCUCAAAAACAAAUGAAUCAUGCUAAAAGAGGAGGACAGAAAAUUUCAAGAUCAAUAAAAUAUUUAAGAUGGGAAAA